UGAAGCGUUGAAGGUGAGCAAAGCUGCAGAACCCUAACCUCGCCUUAAACCCCAUAUCCCUUCCUUCUAUUGCAGGGCUCCGCGUACUGCGUACAUUUCUCUCUUUCUCAUAGUUAAUCACGUGAACACAGAGAAAUGGUGUGGUUUCAAUGCGAAGAUUGCGGAGAGAACCUGAAGAAGCCGAAGCUCCCAAAUCACUUCAGGAUCUGCUCCGCUAGCAAGCUUUCCUGCAUUGAUUGCGGACAAACUUUCGGGCAGCAGAGCGUUCAGGGCCACACGCAGUGUAUCACUGAGGCGGAAAAAUAUGGUCCAAAGGGCCAAGGGAACACUCCGACUGCUCCGACUGCCAAGCCCAACAAGAACUCAAAGCAACAACCUGAUAUUGAUAUAAAUGUUGGGUUGUCAGAACGCCCACCUUGGUUUUGUAGUCUCUGCAAUACCAGUGCUACAAGUAAGCAAGCCCUGCUUCUCCACGCUGAAGGAAAGAAGCACAGGGCAAAAGCCCGAGCUUUCCAUGCUAAAAAAAACCCACCUAAGCAGACAGAAGAAUCCACUCCAGAUGCACAACUUCAUAGUGGUGACGCUCAAAAGGAUGAAUUGGUUGCCAAUGGACAUGCAAAGGAACCAAAACUGCCAGAUCCACCUAAAGCUGACAUUGUGCGUAACAACUUAGAAUCAGAUAAAGGAGCUGCUCCAUCAAAGAAAAAGAGAAAAUUUGAGGGAUCUGUGAAGGAUGGUUUAAGGAAAAAGACUAAGGAUGAUACCUCAAGUGACUUAGGUAAUGGGGAAGUGAUUCAUGGUGAAAAAGAAGCAGCAGCAGAAACAAAGAGUCCAUUGAAGGAUGAUGAGUUGGCAGAAUCUAGCUCAGCCAAAGAAGAUACCAAAGAGAAAAUAAAGUGGAGGAAGUUGAUCACAUCAGCCUUGAAAUCUAAUCCUGAUGGAGUUCUGAAGAUGAGAAAACUAAGGAAAGUUGUUCUCAAGGCUCUACGGGAAUCUGGCAUAACAGAAGAUGAAUCCAAACUCAUUGAUAUACUUGAGCACAAGAUCAAUUCAAGCUCCAGAUUCACUAUAGAGAAGAAAUAUGUCCAUCUGGUGGCCAGAGAUUGAACACAUUUUUAUGUGUAAUUUCCCCAAUCCAGCUUUUGCAGGCAUUUUCUCUCAUUUAAUGAAGAAUGAAGCUGAGCCGGUUCUCCUUUUGUACGUGGCUUCCAUUUUCGGUUUAAAUCUUCUGCUCGAUAAUGUUUUCGAAAGAAAUAUAUUGAUCUUCAAUUUUGUCAAGAAAACAAUCCAUUUUUUGUACUGCCUUCUCAAGAGAAGAGUUUUGUGCUUUUUUGUUACGCAUUUCUAGUAAAUUUUUGACUUUGCAUUUUCGAA